AAUGUAGUGUAAUAUUUAGGCACUGGUGGAUGUUUUCUGCUGUCUCGACUUAAAAAAUGCAUCACAUGAUAUGCCGCAACUAAGCUGGGCAUUUCAAAAACAUCUUGAUUGCGAAGGCAUCAAAUGUCCUGUGUAUAAAAUGAUUUAAAUCCGGAAAAUACGCUUCAAUUAGGAGGUUUUUAUUUUAACUGUUUUUAAUUCAGAAAUAUAAGAGUUUUAUUCAAUGGAUGCGUGCACUGCAUUAAAGCUAAAAUAUAUUACGGUUGAACCGAUUUUACUUUUAUAUAUGCUUAUUAUAUUUAUGGAAAGCAAUGCUCUCCAAGAAUUGAUAUUUAUUAAAUCAUGUUUAAAAAUCCAUCACCCGGUGAAUAUUAGUUUCUGUGAUUAUGCCAAGAAAGGAAAUCUUACGGAUGCUUUAAACGAAGCUACUUCCUGGAUGAGAUAUAAUUCGGCAGUUUUAUCUUUAUUUACUUUUAUAACUAGCUUUUAUGUUGCUGCGUGGUGUGACAAGUUUGGUCGUAAAAUACCCAUGCUAAUACCUCCCAUUGGUACAGCUAUUGCUGCAGUUAUUAAUUGUGUUUUAUCUUCUUAUAUUGAAACACAUGUAGCUUUCUUUCUUGUUAGUUCAUGUGUAUCAGGAUUGACGUUCGGGUCUGUUGGCAUAAUUGCUGCAACAUUUGGUUUUAUCUCUGACGUUUGCGGUGAACAGUCGAGGACCAAACGCAUAGUAAUUUUAGAAGCUAUGAUAUUUUUCGGUGGAACAUUUGGCAUAUAUGCUGCAGGAGCUUUUCUGAAUGGCGUAGAUUAUAAUAACAGAUUUAACAAUUUUUCUAAAUUAUUUUUAACUGAAGCAGUAAUUGCUAUUAUCAUACUUUUAUACACAUUUAUCCGUAUUCAUGCUCGAAGUACUAAUGACUUUACGCCUAUAACAUGUGCUACAUUAUUUAAACUGAGUCAUGUACGAGAUUCCUUAAGAACUAUUUUUCGAGUUCGUGAUGGUAAUGGAAGACGAAAUGUUUUGCUAAUGUUAUUGGCUUUGAUUUUCAUCUACCUUGGGACUGUUGUACAAUUCACUCUAUCAUUUUACUAUGUCAAGACUUUGGAAUGGUCUUUCACAAAGUUUUCGAAUUAUAAUUCCAUUCAGUUUGCUGUGGAAGGAAUUGCGCUUUUGUUUGGACUGCCGACAUUGUUUCAUUUUUUCCAUGUUCCGGAUUACUUUGUUGGUAUUAUUGGAAUUUUGUCCAAAGUGGCCGGCUUCAUCGUCUUUGGACUCAGUAAAAAUGAUGCUAUGAUUUACAGCUGUGCUGCAUUGUUCAUAUUUUCUGAAUUUCCUGUUCCCGUGUUGAGAUCCAUGCUUUCCAAAACAGUGGAUGCUGAUGAAAAAGGUAGAAUAUUUGCAUUUGCCACAAUUCUGCAAAAUCUGAGUUACUUCUUGGGUUCACUGACGUUAACUACAAUAUUUAAGAACACAGAAUCAUUUUUUCCUGGACUCUGUUUUGAGGUUGCUGCUGGCUUGCAAGUUUUGGCUUUGCUGAUAUUUCUAUUCCUUUAUGCAACGAGACAUGAUAUUGUCACAGUUUAUGAAAUAAUGGAAAAUGAAGACGGCUGUACCGAUGAAACUUGUCAUGUGAUAGCUGCUACUGGUGCCAUCAAUUAAGGAUAUUUUACAGCAUCUUUUACAAUUUGUUUUUAAUUGAAAAAAAAAAUAUUGCUGAUAGUUUACUGGAGUAAAUCCUAGCGCUGAUAUUAAUCAUACAUGACAUUGUUUGUUUUAUGUGCCUUUUUGAUUUUAAAACUGAUUUAUUGAGUUCUAUGGCAAAUUUUUUAUUGUGAUAUUAUUGAGUUUCAUAUUGCUCAACCAUUUCUAAAAAUUUUUGUUGUUAAUCACAAAGUGUCAUUGAUCAUUAGUUUUUGAAAUCUGGAUCCUUUAUACAAGGAACAUUCCAGAUAAUGUUUUGCUUAGGCAUUGUAAGUAAAAUUUUUAUUGUUUUUUUUUUAAUUGUUAUGAUGUGUGUUUUUUUUUUAAAUAAUUUGGACCCAAUUCUAAAAGAUAACAUGUUACGUUUUUUAUUUUAAAACCAGUUUUAUAGGUUUUAUAGUAUGUUGACAUUUUUUGAGUAACAUUUACUCGAUAUUACUCAUUGCUAUUAUUUAUCUGUUGUAGUUGAAACAAAAUAUUUCAAUUUCAGAUGUUUAUAAUUUCAUUUAGAAAAAUAAUGUUGUAAAAUUUUUAAGAAAGACUUUUAUAUAAUAAGAAAUAUUUUGGAACCCCGAUUUUACACUCGCCGAAUCUACGUUUUUCUUGCAUUUUACAUUUUUAUUCAUCAGGUCCCAGUUUUUCCACACACUAAAUGUUAAUUUAAUCUGGAUAGAAAGUUUUUUUUUUAAACUUCUCGCAUGUUAAGUUUUUCCUGGGAAAGGAUAAAAAAAAAGUUCUAAAAUAAGCUAGAUAUGUUACGUAUUACUAACACCCCUGGGUUAUAUAAUGAAUUAUUUCCACCUCAAACGCCAAGACACAACUAAAUGUGAUAAAAUUAUCUAAAAUGGUAUACAUAAUAAUGUACUUUUCGUAAAAUACAUGUAUUAUACCUUUUAAAAGAGUCAUCUUUACUACCUUUAGUUUUUUCUAUUUGAUUUUUGCUCUCUAUGCAUUUCUAGUAUUUUACGUUUUCCCGUCUUGUAGUUUUUUCUUACCCAGUCUCUUGAGAAACUUAAAAUCAGGGUUUCACUGUAUUUUAUCUUCAAGUAGGUUAUUAUUAUCUGGAGAAAACAUCCAAGUUGAACUUAAAUUUUACAUCUUCAGAUCAAAAUUGUUUUUGUUAUCUCUCAAUCUUUUUCAUACAUAAUGUCAUUAAAGUUAAAUAAUUCAAAAUUACAUUAAUUGAUUCUAAUUAAUAAUGUCAAACUCUUUAUCAAUUUAUUUAUUCUACAAUUGUUUUAUAAAUUUUUGUUUAAUUAUGUAUUUUGAAGCAAUUCCGGUUAUCUUAUGAGGACAUUUUGUUGAGGACGUGAUAAUGAGGUUUGACUAUGUAUGUAUUAACAGGUAUGAUGUUUUAGGUCAUUUGGACCAUUUGUUACAAAAAUCUAACUUUUUGGACUGAAACCCUUUUCAACGUCAGUACCUCAAUUUAUUGUGAUAUUCCUUCACUAACUUUUUGCAUCAUAUUACUUUUUACUCAUACUCUUUCUCAUUCCUUAUAUUCAAGGUAUGAACAUUACGUAUGUUACACAUUCGCACCUAUUUAUAGCGAAGUGGAAGAGAUCAAUUUUAUUUUUGCUAUAACUGUAAUUUAGCUAUGAAAAAACAAAUAAUACUCAGUAAAAAGCAAAAGAGAAUUGAAACUAUUAUGUUACAGUAAUAAAUUUGCAAUAAAUGGGCGUGAUUGUGUAUAUAUAUGGGUUAUUCUUCAAAAAGUGUAACUUUUCUGUCACAUGCCUUUUACAGAAAAAACUUUAAGGAACGAUUCAUUUAACAAUGCUUUUUAAUUUUAUCAUAAACAUAUCUAUUUAAACCUGCCAACAAUUUUUUAAUAAUUUUUAUUUUACAAUAUUUUUGUUUCACAACAUGUGAAUUCUCACCUCCGUGGCAUGUCACACACCUUGUGUGACUGUUUAUGUUGCUUAAUAACUUGUUUAAUUAAAAGUAUGUUCUUCUUUAUUUAUUAUUUCUUUCACAAAUGUCUCAAAUACUAAGUGUUUAAUUAUAUUUAAUUUUUUAAUAUUGUCUUUUAGUUUGUUUUAGUAGGAUAAGGAGUCAUGUCACACAAUAAAUUCUCACCUCCGUUAUCUAAACACAAGAUGCCAUCCCUCAUUAAAACGUGGCAGCAAUUACAUUAAAUUUUAUUUUCCAUGGUACAAGGGAGCCCCCUUGUUUAUUUUCAGCCAUAAAAAAAAAAGGUGUGAGAUUUUUGUAGAAAAACAAGAAGAAUUUGCUUUAAAAACUAAGUGGUUAUUGUGACUUCUCACCUCCGUGAAUUUGAAUUUCAGGGAUGUAAAUUAAUGUAAAAAAAGAAGAGAACAUGUUGUCAUAUGCUUAACAUGUGCAGAUCAUAGCAACGAAGAAACAAAAUAUUUCCCUGAGAAAUGUAUCCAUUAGGCCUAUAUUAAUGGAAAAUUCCUCACCUCCGUGACAGACCUUAUCAAUGUCAUUGUUUCCGAGGUGAAAAUAACUGAUGGAGAGGAAAUACAUCAAUCUUAGGCAUUCUACCAGUAUUAUAAAUUACCAGUAUAUUCUCAAAUUUACUAGACACGUAUUUUUAACACACAUUUGAACUAAAAGGAUAACUGCUAAUUAAGCUGUACUUAAACUAGGAGAGUUUAAUAUUAAAUUCCCAAUAAUCAUUAAAAUAGCUCAUUGUUUGUACAAUUAACAAAAUUACUACUUUA